AUGGCGGACUCGGCGGCUGAUAUUGAUGCUCACCCUCAUGAGGGAGGAGGCGCGGCGCAGACAGCCAAGGAUUUGUUCUCGGGGGCUGCUGGUGGUGUUGCGCAGGUCUUGCUUGGCCAACCCUUCGACAUAGUCAAGGUCCGCCUCCAGACCGCCACAACCCCGACCACGGCCCUCAGCGCCGCAACCUCCAUCUGGCGCAACGAAGGGCCCCUCGCCUUCUACAAAGGCACCCUCACCCCUCUCCUAGGCAUCGGCGCCUGCGUCUCCGUCCAGUUCGGCGGCUUCCACGCCGCCCGCCGCUGGUUCGAGGACCGCAACACCACCACCCACGGCAGCCCGCCCGCCGCCCCGCUCUCCUACCCGCAGUACUACGCCGCCGGCGCCUUCGCAGGCGUCGCCAACAGCGUCAUCUCAGGCCCCAUCGAACACGUCCGCAUCCGCCUGCAGACCCAGCCCCACGGCGCCGCCCGCCUCUACUCGGGCCCCCUCGACUGCGUCCGCAAGCUCGUUGCCGCCCCCGGAGGCGGCCUGUGGCGCGGCGUCUACCGCGGCGAGGCCGUCACCAUCCUCCGUGAGGCCCAGGCCUACGGCGUGUGGUUCCUCGCCUUCGAGUGGCUGAUGAACGCCGACGCCCGCCGCAACCGCGUCUCGCGCGACGACAUCCCUGCCUACAAGAUUGCCUUUUACGGCGGUCUCGCGGGUGAGGCCCUGUGGCUGGCCAGCUAUCCGCUCGACGUCGUCAAGAGCAAGAUGCAGACCGAUGGGUUCGGCGCCGAGAUGCGGUAUCGGUCUAUGCGGGACUGUUUUGCGCAGACGUGGGCGAAGGAGGGCAUGGGCGGGUUCUGGCGCGGGCUGGGGCCUACUUUGCUGAGGGCCAUGCCUGUGAGCGCGGGCACUUUUGCGGUUGUGGAGAUGACGAGGAGGGCGAUUAACUAG